AUGUCUUUUGAUACAUUAAUUCAUAAAAUUUUUUUUCGUUGGGGUUUAAUAGUUCAUAAUUAUAAAUUUUUUUUCCUAAUAUUUCCUUUAUUAUUAACAACAUUUCUAUCAUAUGGUUUUGUUUGGUUAAAAGAACAAACAACAAUAGAUCCACAAUAUGUAUUUUCACCAGAUGAUGCAUCAUGGAGAAAAGAAUUAGGUGCUUUAAAAGAACAUUGGCCAUUAGAUGAGACAAGAUUUUAUCCUGGUAAAAAUUAUGAUCUUAAUGGUUAUAUUGAUGUUAUUGUUGCUGUUAAAAAGGAUUCAAAUGAUAGAAGACCAAAUGUUUUAAUAAAAAAAUAUAUUACAGAAGUUCAAAAUAUUAAUAAUUUUAUUAUAUAUAAUUUAACUGUUCCAAUAGAACAUAAAGGAAAAAUUUAUCAAGCUACAUAUACUGAUCUUUGUAUGACAUAUGAUUGGAAAUGUUUUCUUAAUGAUCAUGUUGAUGUUUUAUUACCAAAAGAACAACAUUUAGGUACAUUUAAAGGUGAAAUAAGAAAAUUUGCUGAAGAAAUUUUUAAUACAGAAAUAAAAUUAACUUAUCCAAUUGGAUGGAGAGGAACUGAACCAAUAUAUUUUGGAGCACUUAUAGGUGGUCCACAUCUAACUGAUGAUGAAGGACAUUUUAAUUAUGCUAAAGCUAUCAGAUUAACAUAUAAUGUUCGUGAAGAAAAUGUUGGAAAUGUUUCAUAUAUAUGGAGAAAGAAAGUUGCUAAUUAUUUAGCUAAAAAAAAUAUGAAUAAAAAUGAAUUGCUUGAAUAUGGUUUAUAUCAUAAUGAAUCAUUACCGGAAGGUCUUCAACAGGUUGCUGAUACAUUAACACCACAAUUUGUUUUGAUGUCAACAAUGUUAUUUGUUGUUUGUAUGUUAUGUUCAAUUGUUAUUUAUAAUCAUAGAAGUGUUUUUGGAAUUGAUUGGGUUAGAUCUAAACCAUUAGUUGGUUUUGCUGGUAUUAUAUGUCCACUUAUUGCUACAGCAUCAGCCUGGGGUUUAGCAUUAUGGUGUGGAGAAUUUUAUAAUGCCAUUGUUAAUAUUUCACCAUUCAUUGUAAUUUGUAUUGGUAUUGAUGAUCUUUUUAUCAUGAUGACUGCCUGGCAUAGAACGAAUCCUGAUUUGUCGACUGCAAGAAGAAUGGGUGAAACAUUAUCUGAAGCUGCUGUUGCAAUAACUAUUACCUCAGCAACUGAUAUGUUAACUUUUGGUAUUGGUAUUUCUACAUCACUUCCUGGUGUUAGAUUAUUUUGCCUUUAUACAUUUUGGGGUGUAGCAUUUACAUAUAUUUAUCAAAUUACUUUUUUUACUGCUUUAAUGGCAUAUGCUGGUGAUUUAGAAACUCAAGGAAUCCAUUCAAUGAUAUUAAAAAAAGCAAUUUCAUUUAAUAAAGCAGAUACUUUUGGAAAAAGAUUUUUCCUUGCUGGUAGUAUAAGUAGAAAAGAAAGUCAUCAACAAAAAGGGCGAAUAUCAAAUCAAAGAUUAGAUCGGGUUUCUGUAUGUGAAUCACAAAAAUCAUUACCACCACCAAUAAAAGAAUCAAAAAUUGUUAUUUUUAAAAAAUCAAUAUCAAAAUAUUUUUCAAAAUUUGAAACAGCAUACGAUACAACAGAUGAAUUUAUAAAUUCUCAUCCAGAAACAGAUACAUUUAGUAAAAAAUAUGUCCUUGGAAUGUAUUUAGUAUAUAUUUUAACGGCACUUUUUGGUUGUACACAAAUAAAAGAAGGAUUAAAUCCAAAAAAUUUAAUUCUUGGAGAUUUUUAUCUGUCUAAAUUUUAUGAAUUAAUUGAGGAAACAUUUUGGGAAGAAGGAUUACAAGUUCAAGUUGUAUUAAAUAAUCCACCAAAUUUUUUUAAUAAAACUGAAAGAGAAGAAUUCGAUGAGAUGUUAAAUUCUUUUGAAGAUACUCCAUAUACAAUGAGACAUAAUGCAACAAUGUUAUUUUUACCCUCAUUUGAAACUAAAAUGAAUGAAGAUUAUGAAUUUUUAAAUAUUCCAUAUCCUAAUUCUACUGAAGAAUGGUAUACUAGAUGUCGUGAAUGGGUUAUAUCAAGUGGCGGAAGAAAAUUAUGGGAAAAAGAUAUGCAUUGGAAGUCUAAUAAUGAAUCAUCUGAAGAUUAUCUUAAAUUAUCAGCAAUAAGAUUUCAAAUUGGUUUAAAAAAUUAUAAAACUCCUACAGAACAUACUUUUAGUUGUAAGUUGAUGAGAGAAAUUGCCUCUAGAUAUCCUAAUUUUAAUAUUACAACUUUCCAUGAAUAUUAUCCUUUUGCUGAUCAGUAUCUUGAAUUAAAACCAGCUCUUAUUAGAAAUUGUUUAUUUGCUGUAGCAUGUAUGUUAAUUGUAUCAUUAAUUAUGAUACCAAAUUAUGGUGCUGCUUAUAUUCUUGUUUAUGCUAUUAUAUCUAUUGAUAUUGGUGUUCUUGGAUAUAUGGCUUUAUGGAAUAUUAAUUUAGAAUCUGUCUCAAUGAUAACAGUAAUUAUGUCAAUAGGAUUUUCUGUUGAUUUAUCAGCACAUAUAGUUUAUGCUUAUGUAUGUUCUGAGGGUAAUAGUAAUAGAAAAGCAAUAACAGCUCUUGAAACAUUAGGAUGGCCAGUAUUUUUAGGAGCAUUUACAACAAUAUUAGGUAUUAUGACAUUGGCAUUUGUUGAUGCACAUAUAGUUAAAAUAUUUUUUAAAGUAACUUUUCUUGUAAUAAUAUUUUCAAUGUUUCAUGGACUUAUAUUUUUACCAACAACUUUAAUUGUUUUUUUACCAUCUCAAGGACAAGAUAAUGCUUCAAGUAAAAAUAGUAUACAACAAUGUGAUAAAAUUCAUGAUCUAGUUUAUCAAAUUAAUAAUGUUGAUAAAAAUAAAAAUAUAAAAAAUAAUGGAGAAUUUGAUUCAGAAUCAAUUGAUUCAUACAAGUUAACAGAAAUAAAUAUUAAUGCUCGAUUAUCAUCAUCUAUAAAAGAUUUAUCAAAUACUAACUAG